GGAGGAACUAAUGUUUAAGCAAAUAGGAUGAAUGGAGGUUAGAAAAGGAGGAGGAUAAUUAAUUCACUUCAACGCUUCGCUUCUGUUCCGCGUGAGAUUCUGAGACACACGAGAAUAAGUAAACUCUCUUUCACACACCCACGUGCACACACACCUCCCCAUCACCAGCAAAUUCUUCAGCACUUCGAGUUUCCGCUGAGGUUCGUCCAGCGCCUGAGACGUAUCAGGAGACGCCGGAUAGAGAGACAGACAAACAGAGAGACAGACAAACAGAAAGACCCCAGCGGUGCAUAGCAGCCACCCAGUCCGCCAAGAACGUGGAAGCGCGCGCAGAGGACCAUGGAGAGCGCCGGGAACAGCUCGGACGUGGACCACCGGAGCCAGCUCCCGUUGUUUUACAGCAACAGCAGCUUGUGUGGGAAUUUCACCGACAAUGGCAGCUUCCCGGAGACCCGGUGCGGCGGCGUUGGCAGCGGGGACCGUGGAGUCCCCGGCAGCCUGGUGGACGACACCAACUCGGUCGUUAUCGCGAUCAUCAUCACUGCUCUAUACUCCAUAGUGUGCAUGGUGGGGUUAGUGGGAAACGUGCUGGUCAUGUACAUCAUCGUCAGGUACACAAAAAUGAAGACAGCCACAAACAUCUACAUCUUCAACCUGGCCCUGGCUGACACUUUGGUCACGAGCACGCUCCCGUUCCAGAGCGUAAACUACCUGAUGGGCACCUGGCCGUUUGGCGACAUUCUCUGCAAGAUGGUGAUGUCCAUCGACUACUACAACAUGUUCACCUCCAUUUUCACACUCACCACCAUGAGCAUCGACCGCUACGUCGCUGUGUGCCACCCCGUCAAGGCGCUGGACUUCAGGACACCACGCAACGCCAAGAUUGUCAACGUCUGCAACUGGAUCCUGUCCUCGGCCAUCGGGUUGCCUGUCAUGUUCCUGGCCUCCACCGCUGUCACUCAUUCAAACAUUAUUGACUGUAAGCUGAUUUUCCCCCACCCCUCCUGGUACUGGGACACCCUGAUGAAGAUUUGCGUGUUCAUCUUUGCCUUCAUUAUGCCUGUCCUCAUCAUCACCAUCUGCUAUGGCCUCAUGAUCCUGCGACUCAAGAGCGUGCGACUACUGUCAGGCUCCCAGGAGAAAGACAGAAACCUACGUCGAAUCACCCGCAUGGUCCUGGUGGUGGUCUCCGUCUUCAUUGUCUGCUGGACUCCCAUCCACGUCUUCGUCAUCAUCACGGCUCUGAUCAACAUCCCCAGCUCCACGCUGCAGACCAUCACCUGGCACUUCUGCAUCGCUCUGGGCUACACCAACAGCAGUCUGAACCCGGUCCUUUACGGCUACCUGGAUGAAAACUUUAAGCGAUGUUUCCGGGAGUUCUGCACCCCAAGUCCUUCGGUGUUGGAGAUGCAGAACUCGUCCAGAACAGGUGCCACCAGCCGCAAAUUCCCUCAGCGUGAACAAAACACUGCAAACACGGGCGAUAGGUCCAACCAGCAGGUAUGACUAGCCUUGGAGGGGUCAUCGAUGGACUCUUGCUGUCGUGGUGGCGUUGCCAACGAUGAUCUCAACUCAGAACUCACACAGGUCACCACGGGGCUUUAAUCCCACGCUCGGGGGAACAAAAAACCACACGUGCACUUGGACAAAGGUGGCUGGCACAUUUCAUGGUGGCUGGAAACCUGCUGACUUGUGCUCAGAAGCUGCGUGGCUGCAUGUUUGUUUGUACUCGGCAGUCCAAAUUAAAAACAGCAUGAAAUAUUUAGAUUAAAUUAAAUAUUUAUUAAAAAUACCACCAUAAGAAGAAGGAUGUUCCAGGCAGUAUAAAAAAUCUAAUGUUUUAUCACUAAAAUGUCUUUUGCUCUCUGGUUAUAUGAUGAUUUUUAUAGACUCUGCCUCGCUGAUCUGCUUCAACAUCGCUGCUUCGUCCAGGUUCUGCCAACAGAUCCAUCAUUUGCCUUCAUAACUCAAUGCCAUUCCUUUGUCAGAAGUUAUUGCUAAAUAUUACCACAUGUCAAAAUAACACGGUGAGUUAUUAAAAAUGUGAAUUUCAAGUGUUCCUUCACUCAAAAGCUCCAAGGCUUUAUGCCUGCGCGGGGACUUUUCUGAGCAGAAAGUGCAGUUGACAGUCAUUGGGAUCAGCUGUGCUUUUCCACAAGCCUUUGUGCAGCUGCAACAGGGGUUGACCUCAGAGUUUAACACCAAUCGGCUUGGCACCACGCUGGACCUGGGUCACUUCAGAAUUAUGGAGUGGUCCAUUUCUGCUCCUCACUUCAGACGAUACAUAAUUCUUCAAUCCAACUUGAGGUGUAUAAAGCCUUUGAAAGCAUGAUAUGGCGAGUUCUAGGUUCUCUCCUGUUCAGACAGGAAAUCAUCUGUGUCCACCACAGCGGACGCUAGUGCCAAACAGUGGGUGCUCCAAACCAGCAAACAAGAUGCAUCAGCUUGUUUGAACUGCACACAUAGCAUACUGUUAAAAGAUCCAGAGCAAACACGGUGUAUGAUUAACCUCCGUUUAACAGCCAUUACAGCGGCUUUAGGAGGAGCCAUUUCUCCUCUGGGGAGCCUAACAGGUGAGCCUAACGGAGCUGGACAUCUGGUGUCAUCUGUAAAACUGCUUAAGUGUUGUCGCGUAUCGUUGUGCAAGAUGCCUUUUAUUUCCCAGUUUCUCUCUUCACUGCAUUCAGUGAGCCAGUAUUUUUAUGAGACUUUAUAAAGAAGGAAACGUUUACCUCAUUGCAUAAAGUAUGGUGUUGCUUUUUUAUACGCUACUUUUAAAAUAAGUAAUGAAAAUGUGUUUCUAAACAGACACUGCAGGCGUGCUCAUUUCUGACUGAACACGGAGUUUAACUUUUGUAUUUUGAGAGAAAAGUGAAAUUGAAGCCACACUGUGCACACAGUGGGUCUAUUUUUGGUUCAUCUUGAUAAGAUGUGGCUGUAGGUUGGAUGAGAUGUGUCAUGCUGCGUGCCACGUGCAAAAUAUUUUCUUAGAUUUUAUUUAAAGGUGUGGAAUACUGAAAAAAUGUUUUAAUUAUUAUUUCUGAUUAUAAUUAGUCACUGAAUAAGUCAUGCAGGCUGAACAUGAAAAUCGUCUCCUACACCUAUCUCCUGCAUUAGCUUCUGAUAGGAAAUAGGCGGUGACUCUAGGAUCUGAAAAGCCUGACAGAUCUACGUCAUACUGUUACUUAACGUUCAUGGACUCACCCAUCUUGACUCGCAACGGGGAAGGCUGUUGUAUGUUUCGAGUCCAGAACACAGCAGAUAACGUCUCAGCUAGAAGAAGCUAACCAUUAGCAUUAGCAACUCCACCACACAGCAGAAGUACUUGUGUUAUUUGUGGAGAUAAAACAUCAACAUUGCAAGUCAAUGGUAGAGUCAUGUUGCUGUUAGCCAAUCCGGCGCAAGAUGUCCAAGUAUCAGGAAAUAAGACUCCAAAACCUGCCAUCUGAAGCUCAGCAGGGAUGUGGCUCCCCUAGAGUGUUCCACCCCUUUAAAGUGCAUCUAGUGCGAUAUUGGAGAAAAAUAAUGUGAACAAAUGGGCCAGUCAUCUCUGUUUAUGUAUACUUUUUUUCUGUUCUUGUAAGAAAAUCCUGAGGUAAUCUCUCUCAAGAAAAAAAAGAAACUCUAAAAAAGUUUGUUGUGAAAUCAUUGUGAACUUUAGCUCUUUCAGGGUUUCAAAGGUAACAUUUUUCUAGACAGAACUGAUGGUUUUCUGUGAAAUUUUCUAAAAAACCAGAGUGCUGUGACAGUGUUCCUUUGUAUCAUUGAAUUAUUUCUGCUCCUGAAAACACAAAUGUGUCCCUGGACUCAUAUGAGUAAAUUACAUUCUGUGAGUGCAGUGAGACUUCAUUAAGGCCGGUGGGUUUAAAUCCGACCUUGUUUAUUUAAAUCCCCAGCCGAAAAAAAAGCACACAUAAACAUGGUUUUUACAGCUUAAAAGUGACUGUUAUUGCUUUCUCUAAUUACACAUACAAUAAUCAGUACAGCUUCUUUAAUUGAAUUUCAAAAUGUCAUUUUUUUGUUAUCUUCCUGAACAGCUAAUCAGGACUUUUCUUUGUUAUUUCUCUGUAUAAAAAGUCCUCGUAUGAUAAAUGUCAAUGAAUGUCAUUUUUCGUUUUCAUAAUAGAGAACUGAAGAAACAGUGCAGUAAUGGUGGGCUGUUUGAAUGAUACAGUUUGGGUAAAUGGCAAAAGAACCACAGAAGGGGAAAUGUUACAAUGCUUGGAUCAUUAAAACUGCAAUAGCAAAUUUACAGAACAAGCUAGCUUUUAAACACAAACACUCACACUUCCUGUCUGAUGUCAUCUCUAAAACUGGAAAACCCACUUUGCCACAGUAAACGAGAAAGCGCUAAGUACCAGUCGUUUUCUAGGUCCAAAUGUCUUUUCUUGUCCGUGACUUCAAAUGUUGUUUUUCUUCUUGGGACUCUGGUAGUUAGUCCUGAAUUUGAAGUGGUAGAAGCCAGCUGUUUCUCCUGAUAUUUGAACCAUGGACCACUCACACCAGUGGUGCUAAAUAUGAGACUGUGUCAUGAAUGAAGGCCCCAGGUCGGUUGGUUUUGGUUUGAGCCGAAAGCUAUACUAUGUUAGAAUGUAGUUCACUCAUUCACUGCCAGCCAUUUCCUGAUCGCUAAUGGCCAUAACUGAGUUAUGUGAAAGGUCUGUAAAAUAGCAUUAAAAGGAAUAAUAUGUUAUUAAAAAGCAGCAAUCUGCAUUGUGGCACCUCCCAUUCCUCCUGGAUCCAAGUUUAUCUUGAUAGACCAACUUCUUUCUAUGUCUGAAAAAUAAGCUUUUUAAAGCCUCGCUAUCCUAAGUUGAUGUGUUCAACAUAAUCCACAGGUACAAAGUGUUGGCUUUGUCUUUUAGUCAUGUUCCCUAUCUCUAUAUACAGUAUGUCUCCAUUCUGUUUCUGUCAGAAAUCAGUGAAAGCAAAGACGCAUAUUUUAUUUUCUUUCUAUAAGAACUAAGGAGUCAUGUUUUAUCAUACUACCCUGAGCUUUUAGAAAUUACAUCACCCAAUGCCAUCAGUUAUUGAUAAAAACAAAACAAAAGACUGAAAGUUUUGUAGCUGCAAACAUAUAGAAUCGCUCUCUUUUUUUAAAUGAGACAAAAAAAACUCCCACUAUCAGUAUAAAGGUUGGUUUAUGCUUGACGCGUCCGCGAGGUCCGCACGACUCCGCGCAGAAAAGUUGUGUCAUUUUGCGUCAUUUUAAUAACCACGCCCCUCCACCGCGCCUCCGCACAGCCCAAAAUUUCCGCAACGCGCACCAAGGAAAUUUUCUAACCACGCGGAUGGACGGACGCGGAAAAACAUGGCGGACCGGCAAGAACCAGUAUGGCAGAGGUUCGUAAACACAGACAUUUGUAUGAUUCAGCUCUCAAAGAUCGCCGUGGUCAACAUGUUGUUAAUAAUUCUUGGAGAGAAAUAGCUCGCACUGUCAGAAAAGACGAGGACACUGUUAAAAAAAUGCUGAAAUGCCAUGUUGUAAACAGAAAUUUCUACUUCUACUAUGGUGUAGUGUUGGAUGCAUGCCAUAGAGCUCCAUGCUGCCCCGUUCAGUUUGGGAGAAUAUUGGCUCACCACAGAGACAAGCCGCAUGAACCAUAAACGCUGGGAGUUGUGAAGCGCGUUCCAGCCGCGAGCCGCAUCACCAAGCGAAAAGUGAAUGCGUCAAGCAUAAACCAAGCUUAACACUCUAAAAUCAUUCAGAUGGAGCUCAGAAGUCCCGGGGGGGGGGGGUGG